AAAAUAUAGAAAGUGCUGCUAACCACCUUAUUAUUGUCAACAGACACCACUCCCAACCUCCAUUUUCUUCACAUACAAAGAUCCCGCCUCUCUCUCUAAAAUCCUUCCUUUCUCUCUCUAAAACCACAGAAGAUACAGGGGGAGCAGAGAAGACACUGACACCGAAGCAAGAUGACCGUAGAAGACGAGUGGGUUCAAGUAGCUAUGACCGAUGACAGUUUGGUGGUGGAGCUACUUUUAAAGCUGAACCAGCCAGAGCCACUCCCUGCACCACGUCGACGACGUCAUUUUCCGCAGGAUUUGGUGAAGGAAGGAGCCGUUCUGGCUUUGAGUGUGGACUGGAGCGUUAGACAACGACGCUCUUCUUCUAAGCAUGUCAUGAUUACCAGGAGGAAAAAGGGUUCUCAUUCCUCUGCUCAUGCUAGUCCUACCACUCCUCUUUCUUUUAGCUGUGCCACCUCCGUCAGCGGUGGUGGCGACGGUUUUGAUGAAGCUACCACUAGUCUUCCCUCUAAGUUGAUUGCCACCUCGAGAUCUAAGGUUGCCGUUACAAGUGAAACGCCAACCACCAAGAGGUCAAGAAAGAAGAAGAAUUUAGUUGAGCUUAGAGAGGAGGAGGGUUUGCUACUGAAGGAAAGAAGGCGUUUGAAAAACAAAUUGGCAACCUUAAGUGUGACUGUAGAGAAAGAGAGAGCCACAAAUGAAAGAUUGAAGAGAAUGAAGCUUGAUUUUCUAUCACAGCAAAGACCGGAAGUACUUCCAGCUGCUGUUAAAUCAGAAGAUGAUAUUUCAAUCCAGCCUCAGGAAACAAAAGUAGCCUGUGAUUCCACAUAUUCAAUGUUGCUACACAAUGUUUCUUUCUCAUUACAGGAGGAUGAAGGCACCAAGCCUUCCUUUCUGCUACCUGACCUGAAUCUCCCUGUUGAAGUUGAUUCAGGCUCUGGUGUUUUGAGCUGAGAAAACUCAGUUCUAUACAGAUAUUGACGGCAUUGCAUGAUAAAGCUGAUGCAAGUACUAAACCAUUACCUUCACCGCUUCUUGACCUGUAUGCGGAUAUUUGUUUUCAUACAUGAAGGUACGGAGGGUAGUGUAGAGAUCCUAAUCUUUAGCUUCAGUUUACUUUCUUUCUUUUAGCAGAUUUCUACGUCCAUCCAAAUUCUUUGGGGCAAACCUUCAUUCCUUCCAUUAUAGGAAAUACCAACAGAUAAGAUGUAAUUAUACCAUAGAUAGUCACAUGUUUGUCUACUUGGAAUCGAACUGAUCUAAUUAGAU